AUGGGAAUAAAGGUGCAGCGUCCUCGAUGUUUUUUUGAUAUUGCUAUUAACAAUCAACCUGCUGGAAGAGUUGUCUUUGAAUUGUUUUCCGAUGUGUGUCCUAAAACAUGCGAGAACUUUCGUUGUCUUUGUACAGAUUUCUUCAUAGUUGUCAAGGAUUUCAUGGUUCAAGGUGGUGACUUCAGUGAAGGAAAUGGACGAGGAGGGGAAUCUAUUUAUGGAGGAUUUUUUGAAGAUGAAAGUUUUGCUGUUAAACACAACAAAGAAUUCCUUUUGUCAAUGGCCAACAGAGGGAAGGAUACUAAUGGUUCACAGUUCUUCAUAACGACUAAACCAACUCCUCACUUAGAUGGACAUCAUGUUGUUUUUGGGCAAGUUAUCUCUGGUCAAGAAGUUGUGAGAGAGAUAGAAAACCAGAAAACUGAUGCAGCUAGCAAACCCUUUGCUGAGGUACGGAUACUCAGUUGUGGAGAGCUAAUUCCCAAGUCUAAAGCUAAGAAAGAAGAAAAGAAAAGGCAUAAGUCAUCAUCUUCCUCAUCUUCAUCCUCAUCUUCCAGUGAUUCAGAUAGCUCAAGUGAUUCUCAGUCCUCUUCUGAUUCUUCUGAUUCUGAAAGUGCUUCUGAAGAAAAAUCAAAAAAAAGAAAAAAGAAACAUAGAAAAAAUUCACGAAAACACAAGAAAGAAAAGAAGAAGCGGAAGAAAAGCAAGAAAAGUGCAUCUAGUGAAAGCGAGGCGGAAAAUAUUGAAGCACAACCCCAAUCUACUGUGCGUCCAGAAGAGAUUCCUCCUAUACCUGAAAAUAGGUUCCUAAUGAGAAAAAGUCCUCCUAAAGUUGAUGAAAAAGAAAGGAAAACCAGAGAACGAGAGCGAGACAGAGAAUGUAACCCACCCAACUCCCAGCCUGCUUCGUAUCAGAGGCGACUUUUAGUUACACGGUCUGGCAGGAAAAUUAAAGGAAGAGGACCAAGGCGUUACCGAACUCCUUCCAGAUCCAGAUCAAGGGAUCGGUUCAGACGCAGUGAGACUCCUCCACAUUGGAGGCAAGAGAUGCAGAGAGCUCAAAGAAUGAGAGUGUCAAGUGGUGAAAGAUGGAUCAAAGGGGAUAAGAGUGAGUUAAAUGAAAUAAAAGAAAAUCAAAGAAGCCCAGUUAGAGUCAAAGAGAGAAAAAUAACCGAUCAUAGACAUGCGUCUGAGAGUCCAAACAGAAAAAGCGAAAAGGAAAAGAAAGUUAAAGAUCAUAAGUCUAGUAGCAAAGACAGAGACAUCAGAAGAAAUUCAGAAAAGGAUGAUAAAUAUAAUAAAAACAAAGUGAAGAAAAGAAUGAAAUCUAAAAGUAGGAGCAAGGAGAAAUCCAAGAGUAAGGAAAGAGAUUCAAAGCACAAUAGACACGAAGAAAAGAGAGGAAGAUCAAGAAGCAAAGAAAGGGAUCAUGAGAUUGUUAAAGAAAAGGAGAAGAAGUCUGAUUCUAAAGGAAAAGAUCAGGAAAGGAGUAGAAGUAAAGAAAAGUCAAAACAGGGCGAAUCAAAAAGUAAUGAGCAUGAUCAUAAUAAAAGUAAAGAAAAGGAAAGACAUGCACAGUCCAGGAGUAGAGAGCGGGAUAUCACCAAAAGCAAACACAGUUACAAUAGUAGGACAAGAGAACGAAGCAGAAGUAGGGAUAGGGGCAGAAGAGCUCGAUCCAGAAGUCAAGACAGAGAUCGCAGCCGAAGCAAGGAGUACCACAGAUACAGAGAACGGGAGUACAGGCGGAGAGGAAGGUCACGCAGCAGAGAAAGAAGGACAACACCAGGAAGAUCAAGAAGUAAAGACAGAAGGAGACGGAGGAGGGAUUCGCGAAGCUCAGAGAGAGAAGAAAGUCAAAGCAGAAAUAGAGAGAGAUACAGGAACCAAGAAAGUAAGAGUUCACACAGAAGAGAAAAUUCAGAGAGUGAAAAAAGAAUGUACUCUAAAAGCCGUGAUCAUAACGGCUCAACUAAUAGUAGAGAAAAAAAGCCUGAUAGAGAUCAAAGUCCAUCCUCAAAAACAAAACAGAGCAGUAAGGACAAUGAAUUAAAGGCUUCCACAUUGAAAACCAAGGAGAAUGAGAAGACCAGAUCUUCAGUGGAAAAAGAAGUGAACCAAAAAUCAAAGGGUCAAGAAAAUGACCACAUACAUGACAAAAAUAAAAAAUUUGAUCAUGAAUCAAGCCCUGGAACAGAUGAAGACAAAAGUGGAUGA